CGUUAUCUCCUCGCUCUAGCUUCUUCUUCCUAGCAGGGGAUAGUAAUCGAUCGCCGAUCCGCAGAACAGUGCACGAAGCGGGGGUGAUCGCUCGGUAAUCGGCUUGUCGCCCCUGGUUUGUUGUGUGGCGGGCUCCCUGGCUCCACGCCGCUGCCGCUGUCCCUGUCCCCAGUGAGUGCGCGUCCUGUCCCGGCUCCUCUACUGUAAGACAUGGCCGAGGCUUCCGAGAAACUCUACCGGGCCGAGUAUGCCAAGAGCGGCCGGGCCUCCUGUAAGAAAUGCGGGGAUAACAUCGCCAAGGAGUCUCUGCGGCUCGCCAUCAUGGUGCAGUCUCCCAUGUUCGAUGGAAAGGUCCCUCACUGGCACCACUAUUCCUGCUUCUGGAAGCGGGCACGGGUCUUAUCCAACGGGGAAAUCGAUGGCUUCAUGGAGCUGCGUUGGGAUGACCAGGAAAAGAUCAAGAAGGCGAUUGAAACCGGGGGAGCAGCAGCAGGACCUGGAGGUGAAGCUAAAGGUGGUAAAGCAGACAUGACAUUAAACGAUUUUGCUUCUGAAUAUGCGAAGUCCAACAGGAGCACCUGCAAAGGCUGCGAGGAGAAAAUAGAGAAGGGUCAGGUCAGAUUAUCUAAGAAGAGUCUGGAUGUGGAGCGGCCCCAGCUGGGCAUGAUCGACCGCUGGUACCACCCGGAUUGUUUUGUGGGCCGCAGAGAAGAACUUGGAUUCCUCCCCAUCUACAGCGCCAGCCAGAUGAAGGGCUUCAGCCUCCUGAGUGCAGAAGACAAGGAGAUCCUGAAGGCCAAGCUCCCGGCGGUGAAGAGCGAGACUGGAAAGAGAAAAGCAGAUGAGGUGGACGGAUCGGCCGUCUCCAAAAAGAAGUUGAAGAAGGAGAAAGAAAAGGAAACAAAGCUUCAGAAACUGCUCAAGGAACAGACGGAGCUUAUCUGGAGUAUAAAGGAUGAGCUGAAGAAGGUUUGCAGCACCAAUGACCUGAAGGAGCUGCUCAUAGCCAACAAACAGCAGAUCCCGUCUGGGGAGACAAAUAUACUGGAUCGGGUAUCAGACGGCAUGGCGUUUGGUGCUUUGCUCCCUUGCGAAGAAUGUAAAGGACAGUUCGUGUUCAAAACCGACGCUUACUACUGUACAGGAGACAUCAGUGCCUGGACUAAGUGUGUUGCUAAAACACAGACCCCUGAUAGAAAGGACUGGGUUACACCCAAGGAGUUUCAUGAGGUUCCAUAUCUGAAGAAGUUCAAGUUUAAGAGACAGGAUCGCGCCUUCCCUCCUGCCGCCCCGGUUCCGGUUGUUGCUCCAGUCAAGACGCCUCCAGCUGUAAAAGAAGAGCCGCUUCCUGAAGGAAAACCAUUGACCAAAAUGGUGGUUCUCGUCCUUGGUAAAUUGUCAAAGAACAAAGAGGAAAUAAAGGCUAUGAUUGAAGAGCUGGGAGGAAAGACGACCGGAUCUGUGAAUAAAGCCACAGUCUGCAUAAGUACCGCAAAGGAGGUGGAGAAGAUGAAUAAAAAGAUGGAGGAUGUGAAGGCGGCCAACGUGCGAGUGGUGAGUGAGGAUUUCCUCACAGAGCUGCAGUCUGGAAAGAGCGUCCAGGAGCUCCUGACCCAGCACGGGAUCUCUACCUGGGGGGCCGAAGUUAAGACUGAGGUGGAAGCCCCCCAGAAACCUAAGUCCAACACCGGGAAGAGCACAGGGAAAGUGAAGGAGGAGCAGGGAGGCAGCAAAUCUGAGAAAAAAAUGAAACUGACCGUGAAAGGAGGAGCAGCUGUGGACCCCGAUUCUGGACUGGAAAAUUCAUGUCAUGUGCUGGAGAAGGGCGGCCAGAUCUUCAGUGCUACCCUAGGCCUGGUAGAUAUAACCCGAGGGACAAACUCUUACUACAAACUGCAGCUAAUAGAACACGACAGGGAUUCCAGGUAUUGGGUGUUCCGUUCCUGGGGUCGCGUAGGAACAGUUAUCGGCAGUAAUAAGCUGGAAGAAAUGUCCUCCAAAGAAGAAGCCAUUGACCAUUUCUUGAACCUGUAUCAAGAGAAGACAGGCAACGCCUGGCAUUCCACCAACUUCACCAAGUACCCCAACAAGUUCUACCCUCUGGAGAUAGACUAUGGGCAGGAGGAAGAUGUGGUGAAGAAGCUCUCUGAAGGGGCCGGUACAAAAUCCAAGCUUCCCAAACCCGUACAGGAGCUGAUCAAGAUGAUAUUUGAUGUGGAGAGCAUGAAGAAGGCCAUGGUGGAGUUUGAGAUUGAUCUCCAGAAGAUGCCUUUGGGCAAACUUAGCAAGCGACAGAUCCAGAGCGCCUACUCUAUCCUCAAUGAUGUGCAGCAGGCUGUAUCUGAUAGCGCCACCGAGGCCCGGCUCCUGGAUCUGUCCAAUCGCUUCUACACCUUGAUACCACAUGACUUUGGAAUGAAGAAGCCGCCUCUUCUGAAUAACGCCGAAUACAUCCAGGCCAAGGUGCAGAUGCUGGACAACCUCCUGGACAUUGAAGUCGCUUACAGUCUCUUGAGAGGCGGCACGCAGGAUUCCGAGAAAGAUCCCAUCGACGUGAAAUACGAGAAGAUAAAAACCGAUAUCAAGGUUGUUGACAACGAUUCAGAGGAAGCCAAGAUAAUUCAUCAGUACGUCAGGAACACUCAUGCCGAGACCCACAAUGCUUACGACCUGGAGAUUAUCGAUAUUUUCAAGAUUGAGCGUGAAGGAGAGAAGCAGCGGUACAAGCCUUUCAAGCAGCUACACAACCGGCAGCUGCUGUGGCACGGGUCCCGCACAACUAACUUUGCAGGAAUCUUGUCCCAGGGUCUCAGAAUCGCUCCUCCUGAAGCUCCUGUUACCGGUUACAUGUUUGGUAAAGGUAUCUAUUUUGCCGACAUGGUAUCCAAAAGUGCGAACUACUGUCACACCAUGCCUAGUAAUCCGAUAGGUCUCAUCCUGCUGGGAGAAGUGGCUCUCGGAAACAUGCAUGAAUUAAAGAGUGCUGCUCAUAUAACAAAACUACCUAAGGGGAAACACAGUGUAAAAGGUUUGGGUAGAACAGCCCCUGAUCCUGCUGCUACUGUAAAACUGGAUGAGGUGGAUGUACCUUUGGGGAAGGGCGCUCCCACCAACAUCCCUGACACCAGCCUGCUCUAUAAUGAAUAUAUUGUGUACGACCUUGCCCAAGUCAACCUGAAGUAUCUCCUGAAGCUGAAGUUCAACUAUAAAGGAGGGAUGAUGUGGUGAUCCGGCUGCUCGCCUCAACCUUUUUGUAGAUGUUCUAUAAAGCUUAGAUCCGACCUAGUGCUGACGUAUAAAGGGGCCUCCCGCGCAGAUCACACUCACUAUCCUGUAUACUCCUCCCCGACCAGCAUGGCGGGGGUGAUGACAAACGUGCACUGACACAGUGGUUUCCCUGCUUGCUUCCUUUCUGCAGGUCGUUCUAUAGUUGGAACUUUUAUCCUGUUUAUAGUCUAUGAGGAAGCUGCCCAGAACCGAGGGUAGCCCCCCACCCCGCAGAACGCGGCCCAUGACCCCAGCUGAAUAAGUUCUUGUAUAUAUGCUGGUCUGGGAAGUUGUGGCCCCCUGGUGGCGGAGGCUAUUCCAAUGCUGGGAGCCGUCAUUCUGUAUGGGGGGGGGGUGGGGAUGACGUUCAUAUAUCUGUUCUCAUUUUGAUUCGUUCUUCCAGAUGUUUUGUUGUUUUCCACGUCUAAAAGUAAAAAAAAAAAAAAAAAAAAAAAAGAGAAAAAGGAAAGAUGAAUAAAACUGGUUACGUUUUGUAAAGACUGACACAUUUUUUUUUUUUUUUUACAUGGCUGAUAUUUAAAGGGGUACUCUGCUGUUAGACAUCUUAUCCCCUAUUGAAAGCAUAGGGGAUAAAAUGUCUGAUCGCGGGGGUCCUGCUGCUGGGCGCCCCCUAAAGCCGCGUCGGGUUCCUGCAGCAGUGGUUGUGGCAUCACAGACACGCCCCCUCGUGCUGCCACUCCCCCUCCAAUUCUUGUCUAUGGGAGGGGGUGUUGACUGACACGCCCCCUCUUGUAGACAUGAAUGGAGGGGGCAUGAUGUCACAAGGGGGGGGGCGCAGCCGUGACGUCACAAUCACUGCCACCGGCUCCAAGCGUUCUGAAUAAAAUGUUCAGAACGCUGGAGCACCGGAGUGCCCCUUUUAAGUGUUUACCGAAGCUGCUUCUGCCACAGAUCGUCCAGGAUGGAUGCAGAAUGAAAGCCGCUUUCUUCUCUAUAAAGGUUUCUCUGCCAUUUUGUUCUUGUUCGUCACAGGUUCAAUUUUACAGUUUUUUAUUAUUAUUAUUGUUCUAAUGCAUCUAAAAUUAAAACAACUUG